CAUGAUUUGUCCGUGAGUGAUUCACUUUUAUUUAUCGCCAGACGAUUUGUCAUUCGCUCAUCUGUAUUUUUAAAAACGAGAACGAGUUUUCCAUUUUUUUCUUUUCUGUAUUCUGCCAUUGGUUUCCGCGUCGCCUGGGGAGGAACUGGAAUGACAAUGGGCGACCUUCUUUUUUGUUUCGACGGAAAGAAGGCCGAUGGAGACGGAGCUCAGAUGGUGUCCAUGCUACAGGCAAGCUGGUACUGAAGUUGGAGCACAUCCUGUCCACACCCAGACUCGGAGUCACAAUGGCGGCCGGUGUAGCGGCAUGGCUACCAUUUGCCCGGGCUGCAGCCAUUGGCUGGAUGCCGGUGGCCAAUUGUCCCAUGCCCAUCGCCCCCAGUGACAAGAGCAGACGGCAGGAUGAGCUGAUCAUCCUGAACGUGAGUGGCCGCCGUUUCCAGACCUGGAGGACCACCUUGGACCGUUACCCUGACACGCUUCUGGGCAGCUCCGAGAAGGAGUUCUUUUACAAUGAGGAGACCAAGGAGUACUUCUUUGACCGUGACCCCGACGUCUUUCGCAGCGUCCUGAACUUCUACCGGACGGGCAAGUUGCACUACCCCCGGUACGAGUGCAUCUCUGCUUACGACGAAGAGCUCGCCUUCUUCGGGAUCAUUCCAGAAAUUAUCGGGGACUGCUGCUAUGAAGAAUACAAGGACCGCAAACGGGAGAACGCGGAGAGGCUCAUGGAUGACAAUGACCCGGAAAACAGCAAGGAGGGCAACCUGCCCAACCUGAACUUCCGGGAGACCAUGUGGAGAGCCUUUGAGAAUCCUCACACCAGCACCAUGGCCUUAGUCUUCUAUUACGUCACCGGCUUCUUCAUUGCCAUCUCUGUCAUCACCAACGUGGUGGAAACCGUCCCCUGCGGUAUCCAUCAGAACCAAAAGGACUUGCCCUGUGGGGAGCGGUACUCCGUGGCUUUCUUCUGCCUGGACACGGCAUGCGUCAUGAUUUUCACUGUCGAGUACCUCCUGAGGCUGUUUGCCGCGCCAAGCCGCUACCGCUUCAUCCGCAGUGUGAUGAGCAUCAUCGACGUGGUGGCCAUCAUGCCCUACUACAUUGGGCUGGUCAUGACCAACAAUGAAGAUGUCAGUGGGGCAUUUGUCACUCUCCGAGUAUUUCGGGUCUUCAGGAUCUUCAAGUUCUCCCGCCAUUCGCAGGGAUUGAGAAUCCUGGGCUACACGCUCAAGAGCUGCGCCUCCGAGCUGGGCUUCCUUCUCUUCUCGCUCACCAUGGCUAUCAUCAUCUUCGCCACCGUAAUGUACUACGCUGAGAAAGGCUCCUCGGCUAGCAAGUUCACCAGCAUUCCUGCAUCGUUCUGGUACACCAUCGUCACCAUGACAACGCUGGGAUAUGGUGAUAUGGUGCCGAAGACAAUUGCUGGAAAGAUCUUCGGGUCAAUUUGCUCCCUGAGUGGCGUGCUGGUGAUCGCUCUGCCCGUCCCUGUCAUCGUGUCCAACUUUAGCCGAAUUUAUCACCAGAACCAGCGGGCGGAUAAGCGCCGAGCUCAGAAAGUGCAGAAAGCAAGACUGGCAAGGAUACGUGUGUCAAAGACUGGCAGCUCCAACGCCUUCCUCCGCAGCAAACGCAAUGGUCUUCUGAACGAAGCCCUGGAGCUCACGGGGUCUGGCGAGGAGGAUCAGCACCUGAGCAAAUCCACGUCCAUUAUAGAGAGCCAGCACCACCACCUGCUACACUGCCUGGAGAAGACAACCGGCUUGUCCUACCUUAUGGAUGAUCCCAUCUUAGCUGCACGACCAUCUUCCACCAUCAAGAACCACGAAUUUGUCGACGAGCAAGUGUUUGAGCACAACUGCCUGGAGAGCGGCAUGAAGAACUACACAUCUCGCAGCCCUUCACUCGACAGCUCCCACGGGCUGACCGGCACGUGCUGCUCACGACGCAGUAAGAAGACCACCCAUCUGCCCAACUCCAGCGUCCCGGCCACACGUCUGCGAAGCAUGCAGGAGCUCAGUGCCAUCCACAUCCAGUGUGGUGAGCAGCAGGCCCUCAGUACGAGCCGCUCCAGUCUCAACGUGCAGUCUGACGAGGCCCUCCGGUUAAACUGCCAAAGCUCGCAGAUCACCACGGCAAUAAUCAGCAUCCCCACGCCUCCCACCGCCAGCCCGGAGGGCUCCCUGCCCCAGCCAUCGAGCCCCAGCCAGCCCAGCGCAGGAGUGAACAUUGUCAAAGUGUCAGCUUUGUAAAGCGCCCGGGCUCGAGUCGUGAGAGAUGCAAACUGCACCUGGAGGGGAAGGUCCCUUUGUGGAGACGAGGCGGCCAACGCAACCUCAGCAGGAAGGUCCCGUAAGCGGAAGUCUGGACGAGGACGUGUAUACUUGGACCGUUCGACCGGGUCAACAAACGAAGAGACCAAUAAUAAAAAAAAAAAAAAAAAAAGCCACGAUUCACUGUGCACAAGCACCAUUUUAUUUUUAUUUUUGUUUCCUUAUUUUUUUAUGGUGUUUGAAUGGAUAAAAUCCCCCCCCACCACCACCACCACCCCCUUCAGAAAGAACAGGAGAGGACAACAGUCGACUUUAAAGGGACGGCACCGCAAUUUCCACGUGAACUCUGUGACAUAACUUAUGCUUGGCAAGCGGGCCUCCUUUUGCACAUCUCGACUCGACGGAAAGAAAGCAACACCACACGUGAGCUACCAAAAGGAGAAGAUUUUUUUAUUUUACGUUCAAGAGCUACCAGGCUGAGUGCGCGAGCGUUGGGUGUCGAGAGUCUCCAAGUUGUGCAUUGAUUUUCUUUGUGUGUGUGAGCGAGCGUGCGAGUGAGUGAGUGUGUGUGUGUGUGAGAGUCGUUUCUGAGGACGUUCCUGUAUUCUAGAAGUCGACGCUAGAGUGUCACACCACCACUGGAUAUCUCAUUCAUAGUGUAACCUAGAGGCCGGCAUUCCCAGUACAUCCCAGUGUGCCCAUGAAGUAUCGUUGAGUGCAACACGUUUCUGCUUCUCUAGUCAUUCGCGCCUUUGGCUUUAGAACUUUUUUAUCGUCAGUUGUUCGCCGUGUGCUUAGAUUUCAAUGUUCCUGUGUUUUUGCAACCUUGAUGUGGACUACAGCUUCUGUCUCACCUUUUCUUUUCUUUUCUGUCCAAACUGUUACCACUUGUCCUGAGAGAAUAAGGUGGGCUUGUAUCAGCCAUCUCGGCACCUGGAGGGGAGGCAGCUUGGCAUAGCACAUCAUCCAAUUCAAGGGAAGCACAAUGGCGGCCAGCCAGCCAGGGGUAGUGGGCUUCAGUUUGGAAGUGGAGGAGCGGAGGGCAUCUCUUUCUCUGAAAGUCUUCAUCAGCCGCCACCAUUAUGCCUUGUUAAACAGAACAGAACAGAAAGAGGUCGGCUAUGGCACGGGCCCUGACCUGAACCCAAUGAUACGGGGAGAGCCUCUGGCCCCCUGUAACCUUAAAUUAGAUCAUGUAGGAUUAGGAAUGACAUGACAUAACGUAAGAUAAUGUGACAUAAAAUAGAACAUGCCGUGACAAAGCAUGGCGUAAGAUAAUAUUAAAUAUUAAAUGAGGAAUCGUAACCAAGCAUAAUGUGUCAUCACCCACUAAAGCAUAACGUGACAUUACAGAAUGCAAGAUAACAUCACAUCACAUAACAAGUCCUGAUACGAUACGACAUAACAUCGGAGAACAGGAGAUGACAAAACAUGGCAUGGCAUGAUAUGACGUAACAGAAAUGACAUGCGAUGUUAUAACAUAACACAACAGAAUGUCUCACGACAUUACGCGAUGCAAGAUAACAUGCAGCAUAAGAACGCAUGAUAUGAGAAAACAUAAGAGAAAAUGAGAGGACAGAACACAACGUGACAUUAGAUAGCGUAAGAUGUUAUGACAUAAAUUUACAUCCAGCAACAACACAUUCCAUGACAUAAAAUAACAUGUUAUGAUGUGAGAGAGCAUCAAGUAAGGUAACAUCAUACAGCAUAGGCGAUCGUGAAAUGACAUGACAUAAUGCAAGAUGACAUAAG